AUGCCUUCUAGUACAGUUUGUACUGUACUAGAUUCAUGCUUCGAGGCCAGCAGUUUUACCCACUAUUGGUUUUACACUGUUGAAGUAAAUGGCAACACAGCUCCCGCCUUGGUGGGGGUGGCCCAAAAGCAGUGGCCCCGCAGAGGCGGGAGCGGGGCCAUGGCUGAGGUGGCUGGGCCCACUGGUGAAUCCAAAGGCACUGAAAUUAAAACCCAGCAGGCCCCGGAGAAAACCCUCACGGCCGUGCCGAGGCGGGGCCUGCGCUCCGUGCUCAAAGUGUCCCAGCUGUUGCUCCGAGCCAUCACCACGCACAAAAGGCUGACUCUGGCUGCCCUCAAGAAGGAGUUUGGAAAUGCUGGCUACGUAGUGCGCCGUAAGUGCUGCCGGCACUCGGGCGAUGCACCCUGGUCUGAGGUUAAGGGCACGCUUCUCCGGGUCAGCGGCAGCGAUGCCUCUGGCUCCUUCAGGGUCUGGAAGAUCCCGAAGCCGAAGAGAAGGCCAGGACGCCUGAGGUUGGAGGAGGGCGCGCGCUCUUCGAGGAGGACCCUUCCCGGGCCGCGGAGCCCACGGCGGCGGCGCUGCGCGCGUCGCGGGGCAGCCAAGAAGGCCAGGGAACUCUGGAGACGCAGCACGAAAGUAAACACAAGGGGGCGGAAGAUAAGGCCAAGAGCCAAGGACUCGGUGCGUUCCAGAGCCAGGGAGGAAGUGAGGGCCAAGGGGAUGGACGAGGGGAGAGGACGGACCAUGAAGGAAGACAUCAGGCCUAGGACCCGAGAGGAGAAGAAGAGGCCAGGCCCGAAGCCCCGGAAAGAGAAGAAGCAGGACCCGGUGAAGUCGGUAAAACGCACCAUCCAGAAGACAGCCUUGGUUAAAACUGACCGAAGUUCUAGCAGUCAGGGGAAGACUCAUGACCUAAGGGCUGCUCGCACAAAGACUUCCACUAAAUCCGAAAGUCUUCACAAUGCAGCCGGGUAUUCGUAGUGUGGGAGCAAUUUCCCUUCCUCCAGGCACAGAUGCCUUUCCCCAUAGGCUCUAAUGAGAGCAGCUCUCACACUGAAGUGGACAAAACUAUAUACAAGACCUC